AAACACAGUUCGGAAUGGUCACAAAUGGCGUAGUAUACUAUAGUAACCAUAAACAGAUGAACACAAGUGGUAGAACCUAGUAGAUCUAGAUCAAAUCUACUAGAUGAGUAGAUCUAGAUUCUAGAGUCACCUAUACUUUGCCUAUAGAGACUAGAUCAGUAGAUCUAAAUUUUAUAUCUAAUCUACAUUUUACCAAUUCUACAAUCAUCUACUAUCUAGAAUUUAGAGAAUCUAGCUUGAUCUAUAUCUAGAUUUCUAGUUGCUUCUACUUCUAGCAAUGGAUAAAGUAGACAUUGAUGAAUUAUUGGAUGAAGUUGAAACAAAAUUUGUCAAACCAUCACGACCACCCUCGACUAGAUCUAGCUCUGUUCCUAAUAAAAAACUAGAGAAAAAAACUGUUGAAAAUGAUGACAAUAAAAAGAACAGCAAGUGCUCUCUUGAUUCAUUGAUCAAUGACAUUCUUGAUAUAGAUAUAGACGAAAGUGAAGAUACUACCUUGGGGAGUAGCUGCUCAAGAAAUAAUUCAAGAUUAUCUGCAACAGAAGAUGGGAAAAAAUCAGAGAGAUUCAGAAGAUGUUUGCCUGUUUUUCUUGGUGGUAGUUCAGAUGGGACUGGCAUUGGAACAAGUAUAAAUAAAAGGCCAUGUGAUCAACUUCGUUGCACAUCUUGUGAUUUUAAAGUCUGUUACUUUGAGAACAGAUGUUGGCACAAAGAUACAGAUUACCUCUUUCUUAGAAACAAUGUACCAGACUUAAAGAAGUUAGAACCUAGACUUGGCAGGAAAACAGGCUGCAGAGCCUACUGCUGUCAAUGUAGCUGGAGGAAUGUGCAGGAAUUAUGUGAACUCAGUGAUCCCAGUUUAAAGUGGGUUUGUGGGAAGCAUGCCUUGUGAUGGCCUGAUGUUACAUUAAGACAUUUAUUACUUUUCAUUCAAGAUUGUGUCAACUGAACUGUGCUAGUGGGAAUGUGCAAAUAUUGUUAUUCUUUUCAUCUUUCAUCCAAAUUUGUGGUGAAUGCAUUAAUAAAUUUAUGGCAGCGUGUAAGAUUAUAAUGGAUCUCUUGAACUGUACGCCAACGAUUACACUAUCAUAUUAUGCAAUAACAGAGAUAAGUAUUUUUAGAACUGUUAACAAUAAAUUUGAACAUACAAAUUUGAAGUAGCAAGUUUUGAUUAAUUUAAUGUUAAAAUAAUACAUAAGAGUGCAUAAGUUUAAAAUGCUGGAUGUGUUUUUCAGCUGCUUCUCUCUUUAUCAAAAGUAGGAAAGGAUGUGGCUGCAAUAUGUUUGUGUGUUUGACUACCAUAUUUAAUAAGUGCAUGAAUAAUGUAUGGAACAAGAAUGAGAAAAAAAGACAUUUAAAGCAUGAAACAUUAAACAAUUUGAUUACAUCCUGUAAAAUUAGCACUUUUAUAACUGUGAAUAAUUUCUCUAUUGUAAGUUUGCUUCAUUAUGGUAGAACAUUAAAACUACUUAUAAAAUCAAACUA